CUAACUUAUUAUAUUUCUAAAGUUCCUUAAGUAGUUUUUAAAAUAAUUUAAUAAAUCUACAUGAGAUCCGGUAAAUCGAUAGUCAGUAUUGGUUACCACCUGAUUGGUUGAGUAAGAAGAAUGACGUAGCUUCUUCCUUUCCUACUCCAACUUGCCGAUCCAGUUAGUUGUGGGUUUUGCUGAACAAAAUGUCGGAUAAGUCGUGUUGGUGAAAUAAGUGUUCUUAUUUGCUUUUUAAUUGUUUUCGUCGUGUAUAUUUCUUGAACAAUGGCAACUUCGUCGUCGUCCACGAAAGUAGAUUUUAUGGUGGGUGGAAGAUAUAAGUUAAUCAAGAAAAUAGGAAGUGGUUCGUUUGGUGAUAUUUACCUUGGUAUCAACAUUAUUAAUGGAGAGGAGGUAGCUGUGAAAUUGGAAACUGUUCGUGCAAAACAUCCCCAGUUGUUAUAUGAAAGUAAAUUGUACAAGGUUUUGCAAGGUUGUAUAGGAAUUCCCCAUAUCAGGUGGUACGGCAUAGAAAGAGAUUAUAAUGUCUUGGUCAUGGAACUACUUGGUCCAUCUCUGGAGGAUUUAUUUAAUUUCUGUUCCCGCCGAUUUACGAUAAAAACAGUUCUAAUGCUUGCGGACCAGAUGAUUAAAUUAAUAGAAACGAUCCAUGAAAAAGCAUUUAUUCAUAGAGAUAUAAAACCAGAUAACUUCCUCAUGGGAAUUGGGCGUCAUUGUAACCAACUUUACCUUAUUGAUUUUGGUCUGGCGAAAAAGUACCGUGACAUGAGAACAAGACUUCACAUAUCAUAUAGAGAGGACAAAAAUCUCACAGGAACUGCAAGAUAUGCUUCUAUCAAUGCCCAUCUGGGUAUUGAACAAAGUCGACGUGAUGAUAUGGAAUCGUUAGGCUAUGUUAUGAUGUAUUUUAAUCGUGGCAGUCUUCCCUGGCAGGGUCUUAAGGCCGCUACUAAAAAACAAAAAUAUGAAAAAAUUAGUGAAAAGAAAAUGUCUACACCCGUUGACUCUUUAUGCAAGGACUUCCCUGCUGAAUUUGGAAUGUACCUCAAUUAUUGUCGAGGAUUAAAAUUUGAAGAGGCGCCUGAUUAUAUGUAUCUUCGCCAACUAUUCUCAAUCCUGUUUAGGACAUUGAACCACAAAUAUGAUUACAUGUUUGAUUGGUCAUUAUUGAAACAGAAAGCUGCAGUAGGCGGGAGUGGAAGUUCUGGCCAAAGGGGAGGGGGCGGUGCACGGGGUGGCAACCGCCCGCAGGCUCCCCAACAACCCUUCCAGGCCACUCAGGGUAUGUAAAGCAAGGAAUGCCGUCGGAAGCACCGGGAGAAUCCUUUAUAAAGCAACAUUGAAGUGAUGAGGGCUCUAUAAUGGAGACCAUGGGAAAGCUUUGUUGUAGCAGCGCUAUGACAAGAGAUCCUUUGAAGCCCAACUUCAUUUGUUCUUUCGAAAAGUUCAAAUAUUAAGAGGAUAUAUUUUUUAUUUCUUCAUUGAUACAAAGAGAUAGAUUGUUGUUUACAUUUUAGGGAACAUUUUUGAUAAUUCAAUUCCCUGUGGUUGUCCAAUGCCGCAUUGCUUUCAUAAUUUUGUUAAUUUAUUUUCCAAUUAUAUCUAGUAUUAUUAUUGUAUUGUAAAAGUUUUUGCUAAAUUAUUUUCUACUACUUAUGACUGGUAAGUCUAUAAUAAAAUUGUUUGUUAAUAUCACUAUAAAUCAGAAACUAUGUAAAAUUGUGUAGACAUUGUUAAUAUAUUUCAUACUCUCAUGUAUAAAAAGACCAAUUUGUAACUGUUUAUAUAAAAUUUAGGACUUUGUUUAUUAUUGCAAUGUGGUCUUCUAUCGUGGUUUAGAUAAG